UGCAUUAACAGCCUGUGAGUUGAGUAGGCAGCUCAGUACUGUAGGUUGGAAGUUCACAAAUAACAUCCAGCAGCUUCUGGCUCACGGCGAGUUGCAGGUACACAGAGUGGAGGCUUCGCUGUGCUAAAGGCAUAAAGUAACGCCAUGAGGGCACACCUUCUAACCCUGUUGCUGUUGUGUUUUUCCCGUCAAAGCAUAUCAUCACUGACCACAGUGCCAAACAUCAUUGAGGUUGACAAUGAAGAAGAACCACCACCUCCUCCUCCUGCUCCUCCUGGGCACAGCCCCACAGCAGAUCCAUGGGAGUAUUUCUAUACCUCUUCACCCACCACAACUGUUUCUACAACAACCAUGGCUGAGCCACCACCUGAAACAGACAUGAGUGUCGGUUCAGAUGCCUCCAAAAAUAUGACUGGUCCCCACUCUGAUGAGGUGGUAGAGAACCCAGGCAGUGGGCCCUGUGACUGCUCAGGAGGUUCAUCGGAAGAGAAUGAAGAUGGAUCUCGAUGUGAUAAAAAACCCAACAGCACUUACCUUGGUGAAGCCAUCAUGAAACUUGGCCUGGAGAUGCUUCAACAGUUGAAGCCCACUGACAAGCACCCAAACGUGAUCCUGUCUCCACUGAGCAUGGCAUUAGGGCUGUCUCAGCUAGCAUUGGGAGCUGAAAAUGAAACAGAAGCGAUGCUCAUACGCUCGCUGCAUGUUCAGCACUUGCCAUGUUACCAGGAUUUGUUCAGAAGGGUUCAGGCCCAUCUUACCCAAACCACAUUGCGUCUGGCUUCUCGAAUCUACCUGCAGAAAGAAUUCCAAGUGAAGCAAAAAUUUUUAGAGGACUCCAAGAAAGUUUACAAUUCUGAACCGUCAUUGCUGGAAAGUUUGGAGGAAGUCAACAAGUGGGUAGAAGCUGCCACCAAGGGGAAGAUCAAGGACUUCCUCUCCACUCUUCCUGGUGAAAUUGCAAUGAUGCUGAUUAAUGUAGUUCACUUCCAAGGUCUUUGGAAGAAUCGAUUUGACCCCAGAUUCACUACCAAAGAACCUUUUUAUGUGGAUGGCCAGCACAGCUCUUUUGUGGACAUGAUGCAAGACCCCAAAUACCCUCUGCAGUACUUUGAAGAUGGACACCUUGAUGCCCAGAUAGCAAGCUUCCCCUUCAAAGAGGGCAUGAGUCUAAUGGUGGUCUUGCCCCAUAACGGACAAGUAAAUGUUUCUGCCCUGGCGCAGAAACUGUCUCCCAAAUAUUUCUACAGUAAACUACCCAAAGUACGAAAUCUUAAAGUGAAGAUCCCUAAGCUGAAUCUGGAGUACAGCCAGGAAAUGACCGAGGUGCUCACUGCCAUGGGCCUCGAGGAUCUGUUCAAAAAGCCACAGCUAUGCAAGAUUGCAUCGGGCCACUUGUUUGUGUCCAGCGUGCAGCACAAGACAACUCUGGAGAUGAACGAGGAGGGUGCUGAAGCCAGCGCUGCCACUUCCAUUGCCAUUUCCCGCUCUCUUGACCACUUUAGUGUCAACAAGCCUUUCUUGUUUGCCCUGCUUGAUGAUGCCUCCUAUGUGCCCAUCUUCAUGGGUGUAGUGACAAACCCCAACCCCAAUGCCAAACUCAACAAAAGGGGAGACUAUGAAACAGAAAAGUUUGCACCUACGUUUAACAAGUUCAUGCCUUCCAAAAUGGUGCCUAAAUAGGAUGUGGCACACCAAAGGACCUUGGGAUAUGUGUGCCUUACAGGACUGCAUCUCUACUGUUUACAGGCACUAUAGCAACCAGUUGGGAGGCAAACACAUAACAAAAGAAAAGAAAAAAGGUCAAUCUAAUAUGGACAGUUUGUAUGGAGAAAUAUUUGGGACACUUCAAUGCUGCCAGCAGGAGAAGUGUAGUGGUCACCUCUCUGUGUCCACAUCUGCCUUUGACCAAUUUAAUCCAAUGGGAAAGGGAAGGGGUUAAUAAUCAAAUAUUGCUUAUUUUUGAAGAAAGGGGAAGUGGUCAUUUGUCACAUGGAAUGGUGUGAAAUGGGGGUUGGGUGACCAACUGUCUUACUAGUCUGUUUGAUUUGAGUCUGGGUGGUCAGGGUCUUCAUCUGUCACUUGAAGAUUUGUGAAAAUCAGUGUGGGGGAUUGUUGUGACCACUAACCUGUCUUUCUAAUCCGAGACAUUACAGCUUUUUGACCUGUCACUAUUGUCUCUGGCUUGAGUUUAGUCCAUCAGAGAGACAAAUGCCCAGCAGCCACUUGAAGCAUUGUGAAAUGGAAUUUGGAUGGUUUUGGUGACCACUGACAACAUGUCUCCAUAUCUUAAGUAAGUUUAGAUGGGCAAGACAAAUGGUCAGUGUCCUCAUAAGCAUUACAAAAUAGGGAUGGAGUGUGAUGGUGACAUCUAACCACUAGUCUCUCUAAUCUGAAACAUUCCAUUUCAUGCCCAUUGUCCAGUAGUAGUCUCUCUACAUUCAGUCACAGUGUCAGGCCAAGUGGUGGUGGUGGUGGUGGGUGGUUUGAGAAGGAGGCUGUGGCGUGAGACCAUUUGCCAUUUUCGAACUUCAGCAGUCUAGGAGGGGUCAAAUGUCAAACCAGAUCUGCUUCCACCUCUUUUGUGCACCCCUGUCAUUCACAAGGAGAGAUGGAUGGCUUAUGUCUGCAGGGUUGUGCAAAGUGCAAAACCCAGAAUGCCACUUGGUCCAGAGCAAGAUGUGGACAACAGCUUGACAACCUCCACUUGUAUCUCUGGCUGCCUGUUUCAUUUGGGUGAACCCACAGUCAUCAACGUGCACUUGCCUACUUAUUCCUCACACAAGCAUGUGAAAGAACAGAGUGUUUCAUAUUGUGAAUAAUUUGAAGCUCCGAAAAGAUGCAGCUCCACAGAUGUGCAUGAAAUAAAGUCUUUCUU